GGGUUUGGUGAUGGUGGUGAGGGCAGGUAGGGGCACUGCUCAUUUUGGCCAAGGGUCACACAGCAUUUACAUCACAAUUGGGCCGCAGUUUAAAAAUGUCUGUCCCUCUCCCUCCCUACCACCCGCGGCUGUGUCCAGUCGGAGAAUGUUCUAGCGCUGGGGGCGGCUGCGGAUGAAGUCCUUGGGGGGAAAAGAAGCGGGCCAAGGGCGAUGGUGGAGUAGAGCUGCCUCUCGGAGGCAGCAUGAGCUGAGAGGGUGAUAGGAAGGAAGGAGGCGCUAGACAGCAUGGAGGACUUUCUGCUCUCCAAUGGGUACCAGCUGGGCAAGACCAUUGGGGAAGGGACCUACUCAAAAGUCAAAGAAGCAUUUUCCAAAAAACACCAAAGAAAAGUGGCAAUUAAAAUUAUAGACAAGAUGGGAGGGCCAGAAGAAUUUAUCCAGAGAUUUCUGCCUCGGGAGCUCCAGAUUGUCCGUACCCUGGACCACAAAAACAUCAUCCGGGUGUAUGAGAUGCUGGAAUCUGCUGAUGGGAAAAUCUACCUGGUGAUGGAGCUGGCUGAGGGAGGAGACGUCUUUGACUGUGUGCUGAAUGGGGGGCCGCUGCCCGAAAGCCGGGCCAAGGCCCUCUUCCGUCAGAUGGUUGAGGCCAUUCGCUACUGCCAUGGCUGUGGCGUGGCCCACCGGGACCUCAAAUGUGAGAACGCCUUGUUGCAGGGCUUCAACCUGAAGCUGACUGACUUUGGCUUUGCCAAGGUGCUGCCUAAGUCACGCCGGGAGCUGAGCCAGACCUUCUGUGGCAGCACAGCCUAUGCCGCCCCUGAGGUGCUGCAGGGUAUUCCUCACGACAGUAAGAAGGGUGACGUCUGGAGCAUGGGCGUGGUCCUGUAUGUCAUGCUCUGUGCCAGCCUACCUUUUGAUGACACAGACAUCCCCAAGAUGCUGUGGCAGCAGCAGAAGGGGGUGUCCUUCCCUACCCAUCUGGGCAUCUCGGCCGAAUGCCAGGACCUGCUCAAGCGGCUCCUGGAACCAGACAUGACUCUCCGUCCUUCAAUUGAAGAAAUUAGUUGGCAUCCAUGGCUAGCAAACACUUGAUAAAAGCAAUGGCAAGUCCUCCCCAAUAAAGCAGGGGGAGAAAGCAAACCCAAAAACCCGCUUCUAAGAUGGUGAUAUAUAUUUUACACUUUACUUAUCCUAAAACUUACCUACACCCUCCCUAGCCUUAUUUCUCUUUCCCUUUAAAGAUCUUCAUGAAUCCAAAGGCCCUCAUUCAGACUUCCCUUUUAUCGUGGCUGUCAAGUGAUUUUCCUACAGGUGUUUAAUGUUAAUUAAAAUAGACCCCAGAAUCCACACACACACACAGGAAAGAGAGGAGAGGAGAAAAAUGCCCAAGAGCGAUUGGAACCACUGCUGGUGAACGUCCUUUCCAAAUAAAAGCAGAAGCAUUGGGAAUGCAGAAACAGCUUCUUGACUCCUUGUCUUGGUGAGAGGCCUGUGGGGGGUGGGGUCCCUUCCUCAUCCCAAAACCCAAGCUGAGUCUGGGAUGAGGACUAGGGACUUCCUCAGGACCCAGGGUGCCCCUACUCUCCCCUCCCUACUCCAACCUGGAAGCCACCCUGCACAGCGCGUGCGUCCUGCUCUGGCUCCAUGCAGCUGCUGUGGGGGUAAGAACAGAACCCCAGACA